UCAAGAUGUUUUAAUCUCAUACAAUACCCCUUGGCUACAUGUAACUGCGCGUCGCCUAAGUAGAAAUUUCGCUAUUUACUCGAACAUGUUCGCAUUACCAGCCGACAGAAGUUGUUUAGCGCAAACAAACGCAAGCCUAUGCGAAAGUAAUCAGACCGGCGAGUGACAACCGUAACCACCAACACAAGAGACUCCCAGUGGCCCCGCGCUAAUCUGACCUGACCCGUAGGCCAAUAUUAGAAUCACGAACCCGUAAAAAUAAGCAAACACACACUCACCUUUAGAGCGAAAAGUAUUUAAGAUCCGGAAAACCAAACGAUCCUUUCAGUCGCCAGGAGUCCCGACCAUCUAUCGCACGAUGAAAAACAUCAGAAGUAUUGCAGCGGUAGCGUCCAUUUUGAUUCUGUCCUUGGUAGCUUUUGUUACGUGCACAAUGUCCCUGGAAGAGACGUACGAUCCAACAUCAAACGAAUUGAAGUUAUCGGCAAGUUGUAUUGAGGGCUUCAAUGCCUGCAGGAACUUCAUGACAAAUCAACGAUGCUUCGGCCGUAGCAUAUGGAAGCGCACUUCGCGAGCGGAUGCCUCCGGUCCAUUUUGGGCCAACCGGGGCAAACGUGAUCCUUACUUAACAAGCAGCCGUUUGUAUGCUGAAGAACCACGCUGGGAACUUGUGCGACCCGAUGAGGACGGCAGCUAUGAUCCAUACUUCACCACCCGCGGCAAGAAACUAAAGGAUAACAUUCGCAAUCGCCGCACGGAAGAAAAGAUCUUCUAUGGCGCCGCAUCACCAUUUCUUGCAGCCAGAGGCAAGAAGGAUAAUUCCGACAAUUUUACAGAGUAAUACAAUCAUGUGAAAGCGUUUCAUAUAUCAUAGAACAAUGAAUUAAUUGAAAAAUAUAUUCAAUGAUGCUGAUUUUGCUAAA